AUGGUCCGACUCCCGUGGCUUCUCCUCAUCGCUUUCGGACCUUUCUUGUGUCUGGCCGUCCGCUAUGGCGUCGCCGACAAGUGUCCGUCAAUUCCACCAUCCUUGUGGUGCAGCAGCGACAAGAUCAUCAAGCAGUGCGGCUUCGAGGAACAUUGCCAAAGGUUAGGCUAAGUUCAGAAAGCUCUCAUAAAAACAAAUAUUGAAAAAUAUUUCCGAGUUGUCUCUUUUUUUUUUAAACGAUCAUGUUUUUUUUGAAGCGCAAGCUCAGAAAGAUUCGAAAUUUGAGAAAUUGAAUCUCUUCUAAAAUGAACGCUGAUGCAUAUAUUAUUUCUCAGUUAGCCUUAAAACUUUGACAACAUUUUUGCACAGAUUCAAAUCUGCAACGUGGAACCAGAGAGUGAACAUCACGGUGCUGGUGGAAGCGCUGUGUCCGGACUGCCAGCAGUUCAUCGCCAACCAGCUUUAUCCGGUCAUCUACAAGAACUUCCGGGAUGUCGUAAACAUCCAGCUUGUUCCCUUCGGCAACGCCAAGAUCCAGCCGGUGUCGCAUCUCGACGGUUAUCUUAUUUCUAAACGUCUUUCAGGAUGGCUCCAUCGUGUGUCAGCACGGCGAAGAAGAAUGCGAAAUAAACAAGUUUGAGUCUUGUCUUAUCAACUCUUUCGAGUCCCAAGACGAGUAUGUGCCAGUCAUUUUCUGUAUCGAAAGCCAGUUGAAGGUCAGUAGACGGUUUGAUUCAUCUCAAAAGUUUUAUAGAACAAACUCGGGCGAAGUCUGAAAGGCGGAUAGCGCCCGCUAAAAUUUAAAGGCACCAAAAAGAGUCCCUUUAGCGAGCCUUCCAUUUUUUCUAAAACUUUGUAGGUCCGAAUGGUGGGAAAAAGGAGAGGCAGCAAAAUUAGAGCAUAAAAGCCGAUGAAAUAGGGCAAAAAUGCAGCAAAAAAGAAGCCUUCGUCAUCCUAAAAAGAACAUACCAAUGAAGAUUUUUCCACCCUUUCGACCUUGUCUAUGAAGUCUAACAAAUCAAUUGUCUAAUUGUUAGAAAAUUAGAAACAGCGAUUAUAAUAACCUUCUUUGUGAUCAAUAAAUAUUUUUAAAAGAGAAAUAUCUAAAAAUAUCAACUUAAAAUUUUAAAAAAAGCAGACCAAGUUACUUGUUAUAUUAUUGAUGAAUUUCUGAAACUUUUUUUUAAGGAUAAAGUCGCGUUCGCCACGGCCACGGAGAAAUGCUUCCAAAAAUUCAACGUAACCGAAGAUGUCCAACGUAUGACACAGUGAGCUUUUCCUUCACUGCCAAAACGAUAUGAAGUUACAGAUCUUGCCUAGUCUCCAACAUAGGCGCUCGCCUUCAAAAGAAAGCGGCUGAUCUGACCAACUCAGUUUGGCCCGAUCAGGUAGCCAAAAUGAAACUGAAGAGAAGAAUCAUUAUCAGUUUUUGAGCACAAAUUUGUUCCAUGGGUCGUUUUCAACGGCGUCUCGCUGACCAACUUGCAGGUCUACCAGAACCAAAUUCCUCUCCUCAUUUGUCAAUGGUAUGACCACCAGUCUUCCCAUCUCAACAUGUUCUUUGAAGGUACAACGGCGACCAGAAGAUUUCCUACUGCGAGUCUGCUCUGAAGGAAAGGUUCCGCGCUGGAAGCACCAACUUCUUUUAUUAA